AUGGCACCUCGAAUCGAGGCUCAAGAGAUAGAGACGUAUUGGAACAUCUUCACAACGCGGACCAAUGGCGGCAAAUAUCUGACGGGCGAACAAGCAGCGCCGCUGCUCAAGAACAGUGGAUUGAGAGACAACCAACUCGAGCGCGUGUGGGACGUAGCUGAUGUCGACAAUGACGGAAAUCUGGACUUCGAGGAGUUCUGCGUCGCUAUGCGCAUCAUCUUCGACUUGGUGAACGGGGAAUACAACGAUGUACCCACGACGUUGCCGGACUGGCUCGUCCCCGAAUCCAAAGCCCACCUCGUCCAAGCCAACCGCGCCCUUACCGGCAAGCAAGUGCAGUUCGAACAGGUCGAUGACGACUCGGACACGCCAGGUCUCAAGGACGGCUUCGACUGGUACAUGAACCCGCAGGACAAGGCCAAGUACGAGUCCAUAUAUCAAGAGAACCGGGACAUGCGAGGAGAGAUAUCAUUCAACUCCCUGGAGGACCUGUACGAAUCGCUCGACGUGCCAGACACGGACGUCCGGUCGGCGUGGAACCUGAUCAACCCGUCGGCGAGCAGCACGGUGAACAAGGACGCGUGCCUGGCGUUCCUGCACAUCCUCAACAACCGGCACGAGGGGUUCCGGAUCCCGCGGACGGUGCCGGCGUCGCUGCGGGCCUCGUUCGAGCGCAACCAGAUCGACUACCAGGUCGACAGCGCGCGCAACAACCCGACCGCGGCGGCGGCGUCGCGGUGGGCGGCCAAGGCGGACGAGAACACGAGCACGGGCCGCAAGGCCAAGUUCGGCGACCAGUACCUCACGCGCCUCGGCCGCGGCGCCUUCAAGGCCACCGGCACCGACUUCAGCAACGCCCAGAGCGACGAGCAGUGGGAGGAGGUACGGCUCAAGAAGCAGCUCCAGGAGCUCGAGGACCGCAUGGCGAAGGUCGAGGCCGAGGCGAACCGGCGCAGCGGAGGCAAGAGGGAUUCGAAACCGGCGCUUGUGAAGAGGGAGCUCGAGCAGUUGCUGGAUUAUAAGAGGAGGGAGCUGAGGGAGCUCGAGGAGGGCACUGGGAAGGGCAAGACGGGGGCCGGGCUUAGGGGCGUGGCGGAUGAUUUGGCGACGGUGAAAGAGCAGGUUGAGGGCUUGGAGACGCAUCUCGCGGGCCGGAUGCAGGUUUUGGAGCAGUUGAGGCGGGAGAUUGAUGAUGAGAAGGUGAGAUGA